AUACGCAAGCCAGUAAUCAGUCGCACAGCAAGAGUCGUCACUCAAAGAACUCUGACUUUUCCUUUUCUUCAGCUAACCGUGCGGUUUUGGGGAAGUUUCUUGCUACGCCAGGUUGCCAGUCCGGCUCGGAAGGUGUGCCAUCACAUCAGCAGUACCCCCAUCACUACGAUACUUCACCCUUGUCGUCCACAAAUCGCCACGACGCAGAAGAUCUCCGAGGAAGUGUAGAUACCAUAGAGGGAGAGUCGCGUUCCCUGUUUGCAAAACGGAUCUCUUCGGAACCCAUGAAUGGAUCACAAUCACAAAUUACACAGUCACAGAGCACUACAGCACCCGCAGGUUCGAGCGGCGGAAGCGUCCGGACAGACGCUAAGGUAGUUGCAUCUCAUGAAUGCACAGAGUCCUGCAGCAGAGGAAGCAAGAUGGAUGAGCGAAAAAACGGGAACGCAAGAGCGGAGCGAGUCGCCGGGAGCAUGGGAAAUCCAGAUGAAGGGAAGCGCUGCGAUUCUCCUUUGGAGGGUCGCGUGUCCUCUUCUACAGAAGGAAGCGGCAAAGGGGUAACCAGUGAAGAACUCGUUGAGGAAAACAUGCUCAAGGAUUCUCAGGAAUCCGAAGAGGAGGUCAAAUUGGCCGACAAGAGCGAAGAGCGGCCCAACGUAUUGGAGACAUGGCCUGGGUCUCCUCAGAGGAGGCGUCGCCUGUCACUCUCUCGUUCUGCAGAGGCUAGGGAAGACAAACUCGAGAAGGCGAGGGGCCAAGCCAUCAUUGCAGUUGGAAGCGAGGUGCCUGAGGACUUGCUGCUUGCACAGCGCCUCACAAGCACGAGACCACCAAGCGAAAAAACAGAGACAAAUGCCGAGAGCGAGAGAGAGCGGCCUUCGUCACUUACACUACAGCCGGAGAGGGAAUGCGAAGAGACGACGAAAGCGUCAGAGCGACGCGAAACGGAAACGGAUGUGGAAGAAGAGAGCGAAUCCCCUGCCCAAGAAACAAAGUCAGACACAGCGGAUGGGGUUCGAGGCAAAGCCGGCGAAGACACAGUCCCAGCGAAGAAAACAGAAUCCGCACAGGAGGUUCCAUCAUCAGAAGGAGACAGUAGAGAGCGGCUGCAGUCGUCUGCUUCGUUGCAAGAUCCGCAGAGGCGCCGGCUUUCCGUCUCUCGGUCUCCGACGGUGUCGUCGCCCGAGAGAGCUGGAACGGAAGAGACCGAGCGAGGGCACACGGCCUUGACUGUCGAAGGAAUAGGAAGGAGGAGGGGAAGCGAAGAACGAGAGACGCCGGAAAGAGGAGACAAGGAAGAAGGAAAGGAACAAGUAAAGAGAGAAACAGCAGGAGGAACUCGGUCUUCGUCACCACAGAAACAACGUGGGAAAUCGACCACACGGAGACUUAGCGUCGCCGGACUUUCCAGCGAACGGACCCAAAGUAACUUCGAGGACAAAAAAGUUGAGAAGCAUGGACAGGCAGCCCAACAAGAUUCACUAAACCAGUUUGGUAUUGGCAUGUGCUGUAAAAAGGGCUUCAAACCGGAGUCUCCGAAUCAAGAUGACUUCUUCAUAAUCAGAGUGGACAAGUGGUCGCUGUACGGUGUCUUUGAUGGUCAUGGGCCCUUUGGUCACGAUGUGAGCAACUACGUGCAAAAGGAAUUACCGGCGAGGCUGCUCUACGGCGAGCCACGUUUUCUAACGUUUCCCCUUCGCGCGCUGCAGACGUCGUUCACAACGAUACACCGCGAGCUGGAGGAUCAAACUGACGAUGCUAUGAGCGGUGCAGGCGGGAUUGAUUGCAGCAUGAGCGGGACGACAGCCACGGUUGUUCUCCACAUUCACGCGCUGAAGAAAUUGUUUGUUGCUCACGUCGGGGACAGUCGCGCCGUGAUUGCGCGAAGAGAACAUGCGAGCUCCAGAGCAGUUGCCGGCGGAUCCGAUGGUUUUCGACAGGAAACACGCAAUGACAGCCGGAUGCUGCAGCAACAAACCAGUUCCGAACCUCGGGAAACAGCAGAGGAUCGAGGCUGCCGAAGUGCGGGAACAGGCACCGACUGCCGCCCUCUAUCGCGACUCAUGGCAUUUGACCUAACAAACGACCACAAACCCACCAACGAAAUCGAGAAACAACGCAUUAUGAAAGCAGGCGGUCAAGUUCGUCGGCUAGAGGGUGACGUUCCUCACCGCGUGUUUUUGAAGAAUCGCCUUUUUCCGGGUCUUGCCAUGAGUCGCGCUAUUGGAGACACAAUUGCCACGCAAGCAGGAGUUAUUCCAGACCCUGAAGUCCGAGAGUACGAAAUCCUUGAAGGCCGCGACGAAUUUCUUCUGAUUUGUUCCGAUGGUGUCUGGGAGUUUAUUUCCUCACAAGAGGCUGUCGACAUGGUUUCCACUUUCGGACGCGAUAACGUUCAGAAGGCAUGCGAUGCGAUCGCCAGAGAAGCAUGGAAGCGUUGGAUUGAUGAGGAGCACAACGUCGUCGACGAUAUUACUGUCCUCGUUAUCUACUUCCCUUGAAUGCAUACGCAAAAACUCCUGUUUUCUUCGGAAUACCAGACAUUCCGAAACGUUGUACGCCGGCUACGCGGACACAGACACUCCUAGAAUCUACGGAUCUGGAGAGUGCCACAUAUGAGUGUGCAUUACAAGGGAAUUAGCAAGAGAAAUGUGGUAAACUAACGGAAAGAGGCGCAGCUGUAUAUAUAUAUAUAUAUAUAU